CAGUUUGCACCAACAGGAAGCAACACGAUCUCUGCAUGGCAGGAGGAAGUGUUGGUGCGUGUGUGUGUGUGGUAGCAUCAAAGUAGCUCACCCCAUCUUCCUGAGGCUCCACAUACAGCUCAUCACCAAUCCUGGACAGGGAGUGGAUGGCUUUGGCCAAAACUGGACGAUCUGAGGAACGCUGCUGUGUCUCUCCCCCUGUCCCAGUGACAUAAUUGGCUGCCGGAGAAGACGUCUGACUAAAACAACUUUCCUGUACUAAAACCUUCGACAUUUAAUGAAACAGAGAGACUACAAGAGGGAACAAGAGGACUGCAGCUGAAACCUUUGAGGACUAUGGAGGAGUGGAAGCAGCACGAGGGCGAAACGUCUGUGAGAAGGAGCAGGACACGCAGAGAGAAAUAAACUUUUCCAUCCUAGAUGAAGGAGUUACAUGUUUCAAGAAAUAGAACUGUCUUGAUACUUGCUGUGUAGAACUGCUGAGGGGAUAAUGAGGAAAGAUUGGAAUGUGAAAAAAGAGGGAAAUAACCAUCACAAGAGCAUCAACAGCAAAAGUUGAUACUUUCCUUCGUCAUGGUCUGCAGACUCCUUUCACACAUUACGUAAGACUGUGAGGAAUCCAUCCCUUUCUUGUUCAAUACAGUGUUUUCAUGUACUCAUUGUUGACAUGCUUUUCUGUGACAUCUGGAUUUGAAAUACAGCGGAUUUAUUCCUAGAUGUCUCAGUCACAUAACCCAGCAGACACUCAGGGCUUGCUUCAGUCCAUGCUGCAAAGACUGAGGCUCCAGCCAGGAAGAGAUGGCCAGCCCAUCCUUCUCAGUCCUGUAGCUGCUUCCGCAUGGAAGCCAGAUGGAGAGGGACAAGCCUCCAACUCGCAGAAAGUCAAUGGUUCUGAGUUUGGUAGCAAUGGUAUCCCAUUUAAAGAGUUUGGGACCUUUGCCGUGGACAGUAAUUCUGUCAUCAAAGGAGGGGAAAUACGACUGGCAAGAGAUGGCUGUGGAAUGGACAAAGGUCUCAUUUCCUUUCCCUCCCAGAAAGACAAUCCUGAUAAGGACCCGGCUAAGAGCAGGGUGCUAGGAGAGGCCACAUCGCCCCAGAUCACCCCAACAGGAACAGGGCAGUUGUUUCCUGCUAAAUCACUGAAGGGGGCUGAUAUCUCUGUCUUUGAGGAGACUGAUGGGCAAAGGGUGACUUUUGGCAGUUCGGCAAUGACAAGACACAUUACUGGAAAUAAAGAUGCUGUCACAAACUCGGGAAAGAAUCAGAUCCAGGAUCAUGGAAAGGAUCAGCGCUUUACACCCAAAGUCUACAUGUGGUCCUUGAUGCCCACAGAUGCAAAUGAUGACACAGGAACUCAAGAGAAUAAAUUGCUGCACGUGGGAAAUGGAGGAUUUGAAGCUUUGGCACAAAGCAAAGACAUGCAGUUUGUUGCAAGUAGACAAUCAACGACCAACAGCAGCUCGAGAAGAAAACAGCGACCGUCUGAGAAUAAAACAAAGAGAUGGACGCAGAAGAUAAAGGAGAGAUGGAUGGACAGGACAGGCAGUUCUGGCAAAAAGGGAAAAGACGACGGUGGGCGAGUAGACCAGAAGAAUGAGCAAGGAACUGAGAUUUCAUCUCAAAAACAGCUACCUACAGCAGAAAAUCUCAUCAAUACUUCAAAUAAAGGGGAAGAAAGGACCCUUCCCUCAUUAGACAGCAGCGAAACCCCUCCCACACACACAGAGGAAAGCACAAUGGAGGAGCGUGUCAGGUCUUCUGGUGACUUUGAGUUUGGCCUCGGCUCAUUCAGCCUCCUGGAAGAGAUUGUCACAGGUCAAGAGUGGGCUAAGUUCCUCAACCCCAAUCGACCAGCCGCUUCAGCCAAUGAGAGAGUACCAGAAGAGCCACCGAGUCAACUCAAAAGCCCUCCAAAUCCUUAUGAUAGCGGAAAGUCAUCUCUGAUUUUGAACCAACAAGGAGCUGGGAACAAUCAAUGGAGCUUCAUGGGCACCGGGUCCUCACCAGUUUCAGAUUUCAGUACGUCACAAAUCUCGCAUGAUGCUUCCACACCUGUCACCAUGGAGGUUUCAGAGGGAAAACAACAGCAGUACGUUCACAGAUUGGCUGAUCAAUCAGAACCAAUGGAAGAGUGGCAGCCUGGAGAGAGCGGACAGGGGCAGCAGCGUAGACCUCCGUCCUCUGUACAGCCUGCACAUAUUCUGGAAAACGCCGCGCUGAGGAGAGCCCUCUUCAACAGAAAGAGGCAACACCAGGCAGCUGAGAGAGAUGAGAGGCUGCACAAGGAGACGAUGGCUGAAGGGAAAGAGGCAUGCAGAGGUGUAUCUAUAUCUUCUCUGAGCAUCACCCGCAGCCACGUGAUGGAGGAAACAGGAGAGUCACAGCAUGACGUUGUGAUGCCUCUUCACACCCUAUACUCUCCUCCUCCCCCUCCGUCUCCAUGCUUUAAACCUUUUGCUUCUGCACCUCGGGGUGUCCUCAAACACUCCAUAUCCGUGGAUUCAGAGUCCUCUAUGGAAACACUGACAAAAAGGAGGCGAGUUGAGGAGAACCGCCGGGUUCAUUUUUCAGAGGAGGUGGUGAGCAUAGACCCUCCGGAGCUGGAUAUGGAUGCUACAGACUCAGAGGAGGAUUCGGGAGCAGAGGAGGACUCAGUGAUAGAGGAGGAGUGUGAGGUGGAACAUGCCGAGGCGGAGGAGGUGGCAUCAGCACGUCGGCCCACCCUCCCUGCCUGGAUACAGGCUCUGAAGAGGAGGAACACCGGGAGGAAGUACAGAUAGUACAGCCUGGGAUACACGCGUCUCUCUUUAAAUAAAUUAAAAAAUUAAAAUCAAAAACAGUUGAGCCCGUCUCAAAAGCUAUUUAAUCUAGUUUGAGGACGUCUCCGAAAUAAAUUACAAUAUUUUGUCACACCAGGCCAAUAGUAGCAGUAUUUAUGUGAUAGUUUUUCAGUUGUUUUGGUUUUAAGACUUAGACGACUAAAUGACAUGUUGAGAUGAGAUGAGUAUGUUUUUGAAGUUCACACACAGCAAGUUCGCCGUGUGGAUUUUUAGCUUUUCUGGACACCUCCGUGUUUCUGAGCAGCACCCGAAGUUCAAACUGACGACAAGUCUGACCUUGUCCUGUCACAAGGACAAAGGUUUAAUAAGAAGGACGAUAUUCAAGCAUCAACUGUCAAUUUCAAUUUAAGGGGAAUUAAUUUCUUUUGUUUACUCAUUGUUUCGUGGUCCUUAUGCUCCUUUGUCUGACCCCUCAGACUGGAUUCAUACUGACCGUGUCUGAGAUAUCGUGUUGUCCUUCAAAAUCCCACCGGUCACUGGCAGACUUUGGUCUGCUGCUUGUGUUAUGGUUCCCUGUCCGGCCAUCCUCACUGUUUACCCCAGAGGAGAGAGAACAAAAGGGGUUGAAAUCUGAGCUGGAGCUGAUCUUGAAGCUAUUUGCUUGUUGGAAUCAGAGAGAACCCCUUCUUUUUUACUCUGGAAGUCUUUACUACAAUCAUCAUCAUCACUUAUAGGAUGGUACACCCAGACAAUAUCAUCAGCCUCUGUUUUUAUAGACUGGGCCUAGAGCUACAGUGGAAGACAUUAAAGGAAUAGUUCAACAUUU